AUGAAUCCUUAUAUGAACAAUUUUAUUUUCUAUCCACCAAUGUCAGCAUCAGCAAUACCUGAAGCUCCUGCUGGCGCUGCUGGACCAGCAGGGGCCCCCAACGGAGCACAGCCUGCGGGUAUGGCGAUGGUUCCAGGACUUAUUCAAGCGGGUUCUCCUACUCCAGCAAGCGGUCCACCACCACAGACUGCUCCUCCGGGAGCCGAUGCUGGCCCGCCACCAGAAGCUCCAAAACCUCCACCACCAAAAUACGUUCAAGGCAAACCACGAUGGACCCGACCAAGAGAACCGGGUGCAGAAGGAGCUCAAGUCAAGCAUAUGCAAUGUAUUAUUUCGUAA